GCGACAAGGGUCUCCACCACGGUCACGUGACCGCCGCUGAGGCCGAGAGCGCCGACGAGCUGGACGAGCUGCCGGCCACCAUGAGACCGCGCCGACUCUCGGUGCUCUCGCUGAAGGAGCGCGUCAAGCCGAUGCCGCCGUUCAGUAGUUUCUAUGUGUUCUCGCCGACCAACAGUUUCCGGGUGUUCUGUCACUGGUUCUGCAACCACAGUUACUUCGGUAACGUGAUUCUGGUGUGCAUCUUAGUGUCGUCAGCCAUGCUGGCAGCCGAGGAUCCCAUCCAGACCAGCGACAACUCCAGCCGAAAUAGGAUUUUGAAUAACUUUGAUGUCUUCUUCACGACUGUGUUCACGCUGGAGAUCGGCUUCAAGGUGAUCGCCUACGGGUUUAUCCUGCACCCGGGCUCCUUUUGUCGGUCGGCCUUCAAUCUGCUCGAUCUGCUGGUGGUGGCCGUCUCACUCAUAUCGUUUGCCUCGUCAGCCGAUGCCAUCUCCGUGGUGAAGAUUCUCCGUGUGGCCCGAGUCCUGCGACCCCUCAGGGCCAUCAACAGGGCGAAAGGACUCAAGCACGUGGUUCAAUGCGUCAUCGUGGCCAUCAAGACCAUCUGGAACAUUAUGCUGGUCACGUGUCUGCUCGAGUUCAUGUUUGCCGUUAUCGGCGUACAGCUGUUCAAGGGGAAGUUCUUCACCUGUAGCGACACGUCUAAAAUCACCGAGGACGAAUGCAAGGGCUCCUUCGUCACUCACGUGGAGGGAGACGCCUCCAAGCCCACGGUGGAGGAACGGGAGUGGACGAGAUCAGACUUCCACUUCGACGACGUCGGAAAGGCCAUGCUCACCCUCUUCACCGUCUCUACCUUCGAGGGUUGGCCGAAUCUUCUGUACACCUCGAUCGACUCCCAUACGGAGGAUAUGGGUCCCGUCUACAACUACCGACCCAUGGUGGCCGUCUACUACUUCAUCUAUAUCAUCAUCAUUGCCUUCUUCAUGGUCAAUAUCUUCGUCGGUUUCGUGAUCGUCACAUUCCAGAGCGAGGGAGAGCAGGAGUAUAAAAACAUCGAUUUGGACAAAAACCAGAGGAACUGCAUGGAGUUCGCGCUGAAGGCUCGCCCGGUGCGUCGCUACAUCCCCAAGCACCGUCUCCAGUACCGCGUGUGGUGGUUCGUCACCUCACAGCCCUUCGAGUACUUCAUAUUCGUACUCAUCCUCUGUAAUACCAUCACACUCGCCAUGGGCUUUUACGGCCAGCCAGCCGCGUACACCAAGGCGCUCGACAUCCUCAACUACAUCUUCUCGUCAGCCUUCGCCAUCGAGUGUGUGCUCAAGCUGCUGGCUUUCCGGUUUAAGAACUACUUCAGCGACCCAUGGAACGUGUUCGACUUCAUCAUUGUCUUGGGGUCCUUCAUUGACAUCUUUCUCGGUUUGGUGAUGCAACAAGAAACACAGAUGAUCAGCAUCAACUUCUUCCGGCUGUUCCGAGUAAUGCGUCUGGUGAAGCUGCUCUCGCGCGGCGAGGGCAUCCGUACGCUGCUCUGGACCUUCAUCAAGUCGUUCCAGGCGUUGCCGUACGUCGCACUGCUCAUCGUCAUGCUCUUCUUCAUCUACGCUGUGGUCGGCAUGCAGGUGUUUGGUAAAAUCGCGAUCGACGACGACACGGCGAUAGACCGUAACAACAACUUCCAGACGUUUCCGCAGGCCGUGCUGGUGCUGUUCCGCUCGGCCACAGGCGAGGCGUGGCAGGAGAUUAUGCUGGCGUGCGUGGAUGGCGAGUGCGACCCUAAGGUCCCAGACGGAAAAGGCGGGUGUGGCACCGUGUUCGCCAUACCUUACUUCGUCAGCUUCUACGUGCUCUGUUCGUUCUUGGUCAUCAACCUGUUUGUGGCCGUCAUCAUGGACAACUUUGACUACCUGACGCGCGACUGGUCCAUCCUGGGCCCUCACCACCUGGACGAGUUUGUGCGGCUCUGGUCCGAGUAUGACCCCGACGCCAAGGGACGAAUAAAACACGUCGACGUCGUCACCCUGCUGCGGAAAAUCUCUCCGCCGCUCGGCUUCGGCAAACUGUGUCCGCACCGCGUGGCGUGCAAAAGACUCGUGUCGAUGAACAUGCCUCUGAACGCGGACGGUACGGUGAUGUUUAACGCCACACUGUUCGCCGUGGUGAGGACAUCACUGAGGAUAAAAACCGACGGCAACAUUGACGACAUGAACGCCGAGCUGCGCGCCAUCAUCAAGAAAGUGUGGAAGCGGACGUCUCCGACGCUGCUGGAUCAGGUGGUCCCGCCCCCAGGCGUGGACGACGACGUGACCGUGGGCAAAUUCUACGCCACCUUCCUCAUACAAGACUACUUCAGGAAGUUUAAAAAGAAGAAAAAGGACGAGACGCAACCAGAAGACGGAGAUGAAGACUCAACAACCGUCACGUUACAGGCGGGCCUGAGAACGCUGCACGAGGCGGGGCCCGAGCUGAAGCGGGCCAUCUCUGGUAACCUGGACCAGAUGGUGGCUGACGACACUCCCACACAUCGGAGAAACCACGUGCUGUUCGGCCGAGUGUGGUCCAGUUUUCGGCGACACAACAGCCAACCACACGGAGGAAGGACCAUCCGGAACGCGGCGCCCGCUCACGAUGAUUUUGUCGUGCCGCGGAUACGCGUGACGAACGGAAGGCAUCGUCCUCUGAGCGGCGGAGGUAGCUCAGACUUCUCCGGCACACCGGAGGACAUCCCAAUGCAGGCUUUCAACCCCAGCGGCAGGCGCGGCAGCAGCCGCAGCCUGCCUAGCGUAGAGGACGUCUGCGACAGAGAGCCGGCCGAGACGCCGGCGGCGCGGCGGCGGCGGCUGGCGCAGUGCGGCCGCUCGCCCUCCUCGCCGGCUGCCCCCGGCACCAUAGUUCCAGCCCGGGUGACCGGUGGUGACGUGGCAGCCGUCCACCCGUCACAGCGGCGCGUCGGACAGUCGCGCUCGGUCCCGACUAGCCCUCAGCAGCCGGCCGACCGACCCGACCGACCGCUCCAGGGUCUGAUCGGCUCCGCCGAGAACCUGGUCGGGCAGGCACUGGCCGACCAGGGCCUGGGGGCCUACUGUGACGCCCAGUUUGUGCAGACCACGCGGCGGGAGAUGCAGGAGGCCAUGGAGCUCACCUCUGACCAGUUCGAGCGAGCCGCGCACGCGCUGCUCACACGGUCCCAGACGCCGCCGCGGUAGUGCGCCGCCCCCGCCCCCGCCGCCGCCGCCCCCGGACUGCAAUCCCGCUCAAGUGCCUGCCGCUGACUGCAGCUGGUCUGCGCCGCCUGCCGCUGUUGCUGCGUGACUGAUGAAGGUGUGGUCCCAGACUGGGUGCUGCGAGCCGUACCUGCCCCGCGCCGCGAGGUUUCAGCGCCUGGCGGACUCUCAGGCGGCACAAAGUACCGGUGACUGUCUCCGGAGACUACCGCCGUGCCGCCCCCGCUCGGCCCGGACGCGCCGCACGUACCGUACCAGGAACAUGUCUUUCCCGCCGGCUGCGCCCCCUGAGACGGACUGUGGGACGCACAGCGGUCGCCGGCCGACCUCAUCCGCCGCCUCCCGCUAAAGUGCCUGGGGCACACUGCGCCGCCAGCGUCCACAGCUUUCGUGUGCCUGUCACUGAUGCGCCCAAUACGUCACACGCGGUCGAUUCCGGCACACCCCAGCUUUUGUGAGCCUCACCCCGCAGUGGACAAGUUUUCCGCCUACCGCCGCGCCGGCGACGCGAAUGUCACGGGGACACUGGGGAGAGGUGACCCGGAAAAGCACAAAUCAGGCCGAGAGGUCGCUUCGAGUGUUUGCGUUUGUUUCUGCCGUGUGUGAUACGGCAAGGUUUGAUGUGAAUGCAGGCCAAAAGGCCUAUCGAGUUUGUACAUUUUGCGUUUUUCAAUAUGUACUCGCCCUGAGUUGCACUGAAGAACGAUUCAGUCGCUUGUUGAAGACGAUUGAGAACACUUCGCCUUGUCAGACGCCAGUUAUUAGCUCGUAAGGUGGGCUGGGACAUCUUAUACGCUCAUUGUUGGCGGGGUAUGUAUAUAUUCAUACAUUAGGAUACGAAUACGUGUAGCAUGUAUUCACCUGCAUAACCCAUCUGCAAAGCGGUGCCAAAGCGCGGAGCGGGCGUGUGCGGACCGCUCGCCGCCGGGCGGGCCCGCCGCACGCGCGCGUCGCUCGGCGCUGGCGGGCGCUCCGCGGACGGGCGCUGUGAUAUAUCGGGCGGAAUACUCAACUCCGUGCGUACCGAGCGAGUGGGUGCCGCGCCACGACCGAUCCCAAAUCAAAACACGGCCCGACGGAGGUCGGUAGGAGGCCAGGUCGUCGCUAACACGACUCUCCGCCGCCGCCAUCGGCCGAGCGACCGGUGGGCGCAAACCGUGCGUGUGAGAGUGUCAGUUUCCAACUUUCUGUGAGGAGCUCUUUACCGUGAUGACACAAUACAUAUGCUCUCAGAGA